AACCCUAAACCCCUCCAGCUCUCGAGCGCCUUCUAGCUUUUCCCAACCGGAAUUUGCGGCUGCUCUCGUCUGAACUGCCAUCACCGUCCUCUCUCCUUCGGAUAAUCUCUUAUCUAAUGGAGUUCUGGGGUAUUGAAGUUAAACCUGGACAGACUGUCAAGUGCGAGCCAGGGGAAGAAAGAGUUUUGCAUCUUUCACAGGCUUCACUUGGUGAAAGUAAGAAGGAAAAGGGCAGUGAAAAUGUUCCAAUCUUUGUUAAUAUCAACAGCCAGAAGCUAGUACUUGGAACCCUUUCUACAUACAAAUGCGCUCAAAUUCAGUACGACCUAGUCUUCGAGAAAGAAUUUGAGUUGUCACAUGGUUCCAAGGAUACGAGCGUCUUCUUUGUUGGUUACAGGAGCAUUUAUCAGGGUUUUGACACUUCUGAAGAUGAUUUCUCAGCUUCUGACUCUGAAGAGGAUCUUCCGGUUGCAAAGAAAGCAAACCUUUUAAGCAAUCCUCCUAAGAUUGUGGCAGCCAAGGCGCCAGCAGAAAAAGAAGCUUCUGGAAAGGCUGAUAAUGCGUCUGCUAAAUUAAAGGCUAAGGUGGAGAUUAAAGAGCCCAUUAAAGACAAUAAAAAUAAAAAGGUCGAAGAAAAAGAUGAGGAUGUUAGUAAUGAUGAAGAUGGCGACGAUGAUGCCGAUGAUGAUUCUUUUGAGGAAGAAUCUGAUGACGAUGAGGACAUGAUUGAGGCACCCGGUGACGACAAUUCCAGUGAAGAAGAUGACGAUGAGAGUUCCGAGGAAGAGGGUACCCCUAAGAAGGUCGAAAACUCCAUUAAAAGAAAAGCAGAUUCUGCUUCAAAAACACCUAAUCCUGAAAAAAAGGCUAAACUCGUUACUCCAGCUGGGAACCAGAAAACAGGUGGUGAUGGAAAGAAAAGCACUCACAUUGCAACCCCUCAUCCGGCUAAGCAAGGUGGAAAGCCUCAACAGACUCCAAAAUCUGUUGGAAAUGUAGCUUGCAAAUCCUGCAGCAGGACAUUCACAAGUGAAAAUGCUCUGCAAUCUCACACCAAAGCCAAGCAUGGAGCUGCUGCCAAGUAAGGGAUCGAUGGAUGCAUUUUGUUUUUGUUUCGAUUUUUGGGCCGUCAGCGUUUAUCUGUUUAUGUGAGUUCGUUUGUCUUGUUAUUCCGAAGCAGUAGUUUUUAUGUUAGUCUUGCUUGGUUCUUGACAACCCUAAACGCAUUAGUACUUCAUAUCAAUUUAUGCCUUUUUUUUUUGGUAUA